AGCUGCGGAGGACCAAACGGAGAUCGAAAAACCGCUAAAACAAAUAUUAAGACUUUGGAAGCAGUGUAUCCGUCACCCCCAGUUCCCAUCAGUUAACGUCUGCGCUUUGGAUCAGUCCAGAGGCGUGUGCGCGCCCCGAUGGCCACAUGAAGAAGCAGCCCAACACGCAGGACCACAUCUUCUCAAAGUCCAGCUGUGCAUGUUCUCCCCAGCGGCGCUGCGGUUAUGGGCUGGCUGUGUGACGUGCCAGGAGGUGUCGGACUGUGGGCUGAGAUAAAGAGGCGGCCGAGAAGAGGAGAGCGCGCAGAGGCGUGAACACCACAGUACCUUAACAUCUGAGCCCAGAACAGAACAGAACAGACCAGAACCCGUCAGAUCAGAACAGAACAGAUUAAGGCAGCCGGAACAUGCUGCUGCUCCAGCCCACGCACUGACGCUCCAAUCCCGCAUCAGACGGCUACCGACGGGCUUUCGCGUUUUCGAGCGCACGGCCGGGGGGGAAAUCCGGUUAAACUAAGCUUUAAUUGACUGCCUGCGGGAUUUGCAGUAGCAGCUAUGGGCAGUAAGACUCUACCAGCCCCCGUCCCUCUUCACCCGUCCCUUCAGCUGGCCAACUGCUCCCUCAUCCAGACCUCCACAGGUCUCCAGCUGCCAGCGGAUCAUUUUCAGAGCAUCUACAGCUUCAGCGCUCUUCACGCCAUCCAUCUUCACCAGUGGACCCUCGGCUAUCAACCCCUGGCGUUCCCCCGCUGCACGUUCUCCAAGCUGCCUCCCCAGUUCUCCUCCAUGGCCUCCUUCCCCAUGUUCCCCCACCUGCUGCACCCGAAGCUGGACACGGCGGGGCUGCUGCAGGGCUCCAAGAGCAAACCGCGCUUUGACUUUGCCAACCUGGCGGCAGCAGCGACGCAGGAGGACCACCUGAAGGUGGAGGACCUGAGCAUGUCGGGCGUUGCCGCCGCAGCCGCAGCCGCUGCCGCCGCCGCGCAGGUCUCCUCCCAGCAGCAGACCUCAGCCGGCUUGGGAUGCCUGCUGGACGUGACCAAGAUGUCCUCCCCGGAGCGCAAGUCCAGCCGAGGCCGACUGCCCUCUAAGACAAAGAAAGAGUUUGUCUGCAAGUUUUGUGGCCGACAUUUUACCAAAUCCUACAACCUUUUGAUCCACGAGAGGACGCACACGGACGAGAGGCCGUACACCUGCGACAUCUGCCACAAGGCGUUCAGAAGGCAGGACCACCUCAGGGACCACAGAUACAUUCAUUCCAAAGAAAAGCCCUUCAAGUGUCAAGAGUGCGGAAAGGGAUUCUGUCAGUCCAGGACGUUGGCUGUCCACAAAACGUUACACAUGCAGGUCAAGGAACUAAAGCCGGCCAAAAUGAAGUGAUUCACUGCAGCAGCAGGGAAAGGGACCGGGAACACUGGAAAAACAACAAGACCAAAGACAGCAGCCAAAGAAUUUUCCUUUUUUUCUUUUCUCAUGUCAGCCGCUGGAGGCGCAGCUUUAUGUGUGAACAUUCCUCCUGGGGGAAAUAUUCCAGCAGCCGAUUCUGCUUCGAAAUAAUAGAGAAAUCUGCCUUAUUAAAGGCUGUGCUUCGGGGUUAUCAGAGCCCAAUUUGGCAGCGGACUCAGUGGAUGUGUGGAAUGCUAAAUGGACCUCAAAAUACAUUAAAAAAAAAAAAAAAAAACCUUGCUGAGGCGGCUCAGCACAAGUGCUUCAUUCCAAAGCUUAUAACCUAAAGAGGGGCGCUGCAUGUAUGCAAGAUAUGUUUCUAGAAGCCAUGUUAGCGACACACAAAUAUCACGUUCCGAUGUUAUUUUUGUACAGAUGCAUUAUAUAUCAAAUUGUAUUUUUGCACUUUAACCUGAUUAUUAAUUAUUGACAUAUAUCACUGGAUUUCCUAAACUUAUUUUUUAAAUGAAUAAUCAUUUCUAAAUAAAAUAUUUUACUGUA